AUGGCGGCGCUGGUGGCAGCGGACGCCCCGGCGCCCCCGGGUCCACCCGAGACGGCGGAAGCGGCGGAACUGAGCCGCGCCUUGAGCCGCCUGCUGCCAGGGCUGGAGGCCGACACCAAGCUGGGGCGGCGUCGCGCGCUGGAGGCCCUGCAGCGCGAGCUGGAGGCGGCGCGGCCCGGGCCGCCUGACACCGCGAACGCUGCUGCCGCCUUCCAGGGCCCUUGGACGCGUCUGCUGCUGCCGCGCCUGCUGCGCUGCCUGGCCGACCCGGCCGAGGGCUGCCGCGCACUGGCCGUGCACCUGCUAGGCCUGGGCCUGCGACGCGCCGCGCGGCCCCACGACGCCCUGCCUCGCCUGCUGCCCGCACUCGUGGCGCGCCUGGCCAGCACCGAGCCCGCGCGGCGGCCGCCGCCUGAGCCAUGCGAGGAGCUGCGCCUGGCGCUCGUAGAGCUGCUCGGCCUGGCCGUGGACCUGGGCGGCGCUGCGCUCGCGCCCUACCUCGACGACGCGGUGCGCGUGCUGCGCUGCACCCUGCUCGACCCCUUCGCCGCCGUACGCCGCGAGAGCUGCGCAUGCGCCGCCGCUUUGGCGCGCGCCACUCCGGACCACUUCCACAUGCAGGCCGAGUCCCUGGUCGGCCCGCUGAUGCAGACCAUUGCUCACCAGCACUGGAAGGUCCGCGUGGCUGUCAUCGAGGCCACCGGCACGGUGAUCCAGUUUGGCAACGGGAAGUCUGUGGACGAUGUGCUCUCUCACCUGGCUCAGCGGCUGUUUGAUGAUGUCCCGCAGGUGAGGCAGGCGGUGACCUCUGUGGUGGGGGCCUGGCUGCUGGCGCUGCGGGACCGCUAUUCCUUCUUCCACAAGCUCAUCCCACUGCUGCUGAGCAGCCUGGACGACGGGCUUCCUGAGAUCAGACAGUUGGCCACCAGCCUCUGGGAGAAGGUCGGCCUGCAGUGGCAGAAGGAGAAUGAGGAGGACCUGAAGGACAAGCUGGACUUUGCCACGCCCCCGCCCCCCCACUACCCGCUGCAAGAGAGCCGCCCGGGACUGGGCUGCCGGGAGCUCAUCUUCAGGAACCUGUCCAAGAUCUUGCCAGGCCUCUGUCGGGACCUGACCGACUGGGUGGUGGGCACCAGGGUCAAGGCUGCACAGCUGCUGGCCGUGCUGCUGCUGCACGCGGAGGACCACACCACGCAGCACCUAGAGCCCAUCCUGCGGGCCCUGCAGCACGCCUGUGCCGACGAGGAACCCGCCGUGGUCAGCAGUUGCACCAGGUCUGCACAGCUCGUCGGAACCUUCGUCAGCCCGGAAGUCUUUCUGAAGUUAAUCCUGUCACCACUGAAAAAGUCGCCCUCCGCCUCCAGCCUGCUGGUCCUGGCCGCAGUCCUCCAGGGCUGCCCUCCAGAAGCUCUGCAGCCCCACCUAAAGACCGUCGCCACAGAACUGGCCCAGGCCCAUGUCUGCCAGGCAUCAGAGAGCAAGCUGUACCUGGAGCACCUGCUGCUGUGUGUCCAAGCCCUAAUCACUGUGUGUCGUGAGGACUGCUGUACAUGCAGCCUGCAGCUCAUGCAAGUGCUGGUGGCGACCCUCGCAGCCUCUGGUGCCCCAGACCUGGACAAGAAGGUGCAGGAGACGGUGGGCUCUCUGGCUACGGUGGAAGGCUGUGAUGGGCCCCAGGACGUCUACCGGAAGCACAUGGGCGCACUGAUGGAGUGGGUGACGGCCUCGCACAGGGACUGGACCGUGCACUCCCCGGAGCUCGCCCAGUUCAGCACCCUCCUCACUCGGGCAGGCCCUGCUGUGGGAGAGGCCCUUCAGCACCUGAUCCCUACCCUCAGCAGCUGCCUGCAGCCCACCAGGGACCCCCAGAUGCGCCUCAGGCUGUUCUCCCUCCUGUCGAAAGUGCUGCUGAGAGCCGGGGAGACGGUGGAUUCCCAAGGGCAGCUCCAUGGCUACCUCAAGACACUGGUGACAGACAUCCUGGUCCCCAACCUGCAGUGGCAUGCCGGGAGAACCGCUGCCGCCAUCCGCACUGCUGCCGUGUCCUGCAUCUGGGCGCUCGUCAGCUCCGGGACCCUGUCAGACAAGCAGAUCCUGGAGGUGCAGGGGCCACUGAUGCCACAGCUGGUAACCACGCUGGAGGAGGACUCACAGACGAGCCGGCUGGUCUCCUGCCGCAUCAUCAACCUGUUUCUACAGACCUCUGGUGACACGAAUGAGCCAGACGGCCUACUGAAGAUCUACCCAGAACUCCUGAAACGCCUUGAUGAUGUCUCCAAUGAGGUGAGGGUGGCGGCUGCUAGCACCUUGAGCACCUGGCUGAAGUGUAUUCGCAGUGAUAAUAGCAAGCUUUGCUAUCAGAGCCACAUCCAGUACCUGUACCGGGAGCUGCUCGUGUACCUGGAUGACCCAGAGCCGGCCGUGCAGGAUGCCGUUUUGGAGGUGCUCAAAGACGGCAGUGUCCUGUUCCCCGAGAUCCUGGUGCAGGAGACUGAGGCUGUGCUUCACAAGCACCGCUCCCCUGCGCAUUGCGAGCGGCUGCUCCAGCACGUGCAGGCCCUGGCGGCCAAGCGCUGA